AUGAAUAAUAUUAUCGAUGAUGCUCUUCGAGCUACAACAGAUGAUUUAGAAUAUAUCCGAAGAACCACAGCUUAUUCUUCAAGAAAUAUGAAUUUUUCUUUUAAAAGUAACGAUACUGAUAAGAAUAAUUCUCCAGAGAAUAAAAAUGACACAGAAGAUAUAGACAUUAUAAAAAUUCCUAAAUUAUCUUACACAGCUUAUAAACUAUUAUACGCGUCACCUGUAGAAAUAUCUUCGUGCUCCAAAAUUGUAUUAUUAGGUGGUAUACCAAUUCAAUGGUAUAUUGAACAAAAAGCUGGAUUUUGGCAUAUUAUCUCUUUUUUGGCAUUUAGAAACCAAAGAAGGACUAUUAAAAAACAAACAACUUUGAGAUAUAGAGCUGUGUAUCAUAGAAAGCAAAAAAAAUUCCACUAUUCCACUGCUGCUGUUAAUGCCUUUAAAUCAACUUCACCACAGUCGAUAAAUAAGGCCACAGAUAAUAGUAAUAGUGAUAAUAAUUCAACUGCUAGACAAGACCAUGUUAAACAUAAGAAAAAAUUAAAAAUAAAACAAAAGUAUAAGCAUAUUAAAAGUAAAAAAGUAUCUUCUCCUACUUAUUUCAAAACAAGCAGUAACAAACACAAUAGUAAUAAGAGGAAGUUGAAGUCACAUUUAGUUUCAUUUUCCACAGAUACUCCUGCCCCUAUUAUUUCUGACUAUACUACUCCCAUAACUCCCAAUACUUCUACAGAAACCGACAAUGGUUCUGAUAAUAUACGGCAAGAUACCAACACUAUUUCAAAUAUUUUGGAAAACAACGGUUUUCGAGAUCCCUUAUGGAAGGAUACAGUUAUUAUACCAACAGAAUCCACCAAAACGAUAUAUAGUAGUGUAAAGAAUCAAUUACUUGCCAGAAAUACAGUUGCCACUCAAACACCAGCACAGAUGAAUGAACCAAAAAUAAUUUAUGAAAAAUCGAAAUCUUUUAUUACAAACGACCAAAAUUUGGACAAAGAAGAUAAAGAAGGUAUAGCUUUGAGUGCAUAUAAGUUUCAUAAAAGAGCUUAUACAAUUACUUCAAGUAGUCCUCAGAAUUAUUCUACGUUAAUUAAAGGGACAGCUGAAGCACCUAAUACUAUAACUUCAAAAACUGGGAAUAGACAUAUCUAUAGGCAUAAUUCAAAAGACUCAAUUCAUUCUUUAAACCAAAAUGAUAUUAGUACUCACCAAAACUCAAAAUAUUUCACCGCAAAACAGACUUUAAACAGUCAUCAAAAUAAAAAUAAUAAUAUUCCUUUCAAUGAUAAAAAUUUAAUCAGUCUAUUAACACCAACUACAGAUGAAACAAAUCCUACUAGUGGAUCUGCCCAAGAUUUCUUUACUGCAAGCGAUUUUAAAGGUCGUAAGACGCCAACAAUCAUUAUUAAUAACCCAUCGUCCUCUUCAAAUACCACGAAUGAUGACGAUCAAAGAAAUUCUACAAUCGCUACAACUUUUAAUAUCAAUGGAAAAACAGUUCCAACCGUACCUUUGACACCUUCUUUAUUAGAAAAAUUUCCUCCAACAACCAUUGUAACAGAAACAAAUUCCAGUUCAAGUUCAGCUUCUCAAUCGACUUCUAUCUCACAAUAUUACAGUAUGGAUGAUGAGAGCAGGUUAAAUAGUAACGAGAGUAGGCCAAGUAAAGAUAGCAUAAGAACAACUCAAAGUUUUAAUGGCCAGGGAACCAGUAUGAGUAGAGAUUAUUUGCAUCCUAUUGAUUCAAUGUCAAGCAAUACAAUUGACAAGAAAACGAUAAAAGUCUAUCCUAAGACUAGCUCUGAUUAUAAUUUAGAAAGACUAAAACCAGUCAACUCACAAUCACCGACUUUUUCAAUUCAAUCAACUAUUUCAAACUCUCAAGAUGAUAUUCCACUUGCCACACAAAAAUCAAGUAAAUUAAAUCAUUUUAAAUCAAAAAGCGGAGAAUUAUUUAAACACAUUGUUAAGCUAGAAAAUAGUAGCGGCAGUAUCUUAAAGAAACCGAAAUUAAGGUCAAAACAAAAACUAGAUCUUUCUCCUGUUUCGACAAUAUCUUCAAAUGUAACAAGCAACCACAAAUCCAACCUGACAAAACUAACUGCUGUUCCUCCUAAACCAAUUGACUUACCAAGAGAUGAAAUAAUUCAUUUAUUAAAUCCUCCAGUUUAUAAACAGCCAUAUAUCCGAAGUCACAUAUCCGAUGCUAAAUCAUCAGCUAAAAAGACUGUCAAAAGUACAUUGUCUGAUUUUGCACAUACUGAAUAUGAAAUUUAUCGACAUAUUCGAAGAAAACUAAAAUAUGGUAAAGUCAUAAUGAUGGAAAGAAUGCUUGUUAUGGUAAAGGAAGCAAUUAUUCAAAAGGAAAUCUCACCAGAAUUUAAUGAAUGUGAAAAUAUUGAUACUAGAGUAUUCGAUAGAUGGAAGGAAUAUAUUGUAGUUGCCAGAGCUACAGGAAAUGCAGUCAAACCAAUAUUAAUUCAAUUUUAUCAUAAUCGAAAAAUUCCAGAAAUAUCGACUGAAAUAAGAGACGCAACUACUAUACGAGGCAAUUCCCUAGAUUUUUAUCUAAGUCGAGAAUGCUUUAUUGGAUUUUAUAGUACAUUAGAUAAAACUAUUUGCAUUCAAAAACCAGAUGACAAAUUAUUCAGAUUAAACGAGGGUAUUGAAUACAUUGAUUAUAAAGAUAUCGACCCUCUUAAAAUUUUUAUUUUAAGAUCAAAGACUUUUUAUUCAUCACAUAAAUGGCAUGAUUUUUUAAAAAGUUCUUUAGGGAUCAAUACUUUACCAAAGAAUGUCACUAUUAAAAUUCCUGAACUUUCUGCCUCCAUUAAUAUUAGCCUAACUACUACCCUUUUGAAUUACUUACAAUAUAAGGAAACAGAAGAAAACCAAUAUUUAAAAAUUGCCAUCUUGGAUAGGGGGUAUAAAGUGUUUCAGUAUCCAUUAUUAAGGUUUCUUAACAUUCUAAUCUUUGAUAAAUUUAGAGAGGCUAGAUUCCAUGAGAUUUUAAAAAAAUGGGAAGCCCCAAAUAAUAUUAUGGGUUGUGAUAUUAAACAUUAUGAUAGGAUUGAAUGGGUUCCAUCACACGAAUCUGACCUACUUGGUUGUGCUUAUUCAACCAUAAAAUCACACAUUUUGGAAUAUAGAUCUUUAAUUCAAUAUUCUCGAGAAACAUUUAACGGUUCAGAAAUUCUCGUGGAGCCUUCAGCUACAGAAGGUUUUUUGAUAAGGUUUACUGAUAAAUAUGGUGCAGACCGAACAAAAUUUGGGAAACUUUUUAUUAGACCUUCAUAUUUCUUUACGAGUGAUAAUUUACUAUUUUACAUGUCAUCCUUAAAGGCAAUUCCUCCUCUGCCAAAAGAGGCUGCAGUUGAUGAUAUGAUGAAUCCAUAUGAAAUGGAUAAGAUUAAACACAUAAUGGACUCUCUACCAAAUAUAUACGAGCAAAAUCCGUAUGAGGUUAACCUUUCGAGCCAAAUUAAUUGGCUAAAUAAAAAUAUUACUUCAGAAGAACUUAACGAACGUGAUAUGUAUGGUUUUAAAUGUUUUAAUAGGAGAAUAUUACAAAUUUUAAAAGCAGAAAGUAUCAUUGACUUAGCAUUAGUAAAAGAUGUAUAUCAAGGGACAAGCAGAGAUUUGCAACAUAACGAAUUGAAAUAUCAUGUUCUAGUCACUGCUACUUUAGCAUUUUGGCAGAAGAGAGUAACUGUGCAAGAUAUUGCAGAAUCCACAAUAUUUAUUAAAACAGGAAACAACUUGUUAUUAAAGUUACUUGCCCCAUCUGCUGAUAUAGCAAGAGAAUGGGUAUGCAGAUUACAAAAACUUGUAAGAUAUUGGAGGAUAAAACAAAGUAAUUUAGUAAAAAGAAUGCAAGAUAUCAAACAGAAAAAUUUACUACAUUUAAGAAUGACACACAAUGAAGAAGCAAAUAUUGGAAUGACAACAUCUAAAUGGGUUGCGGAUAGAGGUAUAGCUGAUGCUUCAAUUUAUCAUAUUAACGGAUUAUCGUUAUUAAGACCAAUCAUUCUAAAAGGAUUUCUUUAUCAAAAACCGUCUAAGCAUUCUGUAUUUAAAAAAUAUUUUACAAUAUUGGUUCCUGGAUUUCUUUUAUUGUACAGUUGUUACCAUAGAUCACCCGCAGGAUAUGCUAAACCUGUUUUAAAUUAUAAGUUCCAUUCAAGCUUAUCUUUAGAUGAAAGCUAUUUGUAUUCGGGAAGGACAUCUGAACCAGAUUUACUUAAAAGGGAUAAAAUGUUUGAUGGUAUUAAUCCAGGUAGCCACUCUCUUCCAAGAGUAUAUAAUGAUGGCUGGAGGUCUUGUGAAGACGAAACUUCAAGGUGCUUUACACUUUGGUUUGGAACGAAAAGAGCAAUUUCAAAAUAUUCUAAAGAUAUUGAGGAAAAUACCGAUUAUUACUCUGAUAUCAAUAUCGACGAAAGCCCUUCAACAAGCUCCUCGUCAACAUUAGAGAAUGUAGAAAACACACGUUUAGUAAGAACGGUAAAUAGAUUAGGUGUUGGUGGUAAGACUAUGGUAUUUAUGGCGAGAUCAAGACAAGAAAGGGAUUUAUGGGUUCUAUCCAUUUAUUAUGAGCUUGAAACAGUUCGCAAAGCUAAUUUACAACAGUCGUAA